CUAGGACCCCGUAGACAGAGCGUUGUUUCAGUGAGUUCAGAGGCAGAGAGGUGGAUGAACCAUAGAUGAACAGAGCGGUAGUGUCCGAGAGUGGAGUGCGCGCGGCUCCGCAUCCUGCAUCCUCAACCGGACAAUUGCGAGAUCACUCACUCCCGACACCUGAUCUUUUAUUAUAAAACUUUGAUGUUUGUUGUUAAAAUAAUCCAGUGGUUUUAAUGACUUUGCACCCGCGAUGUCUUCGUCCGUAAGUGGCACUGAGGAGGUGCGCGUGUCUUCACUAACGCCCCUGAAGUUGGUGGGGCUUAUGUGCGUCUUCCUCGCGCUGUGCCUGGAUGCUGGGGCUUUACUCAGUCCAGCGUGGGUCACUGCAGAUGACCAGUACUACCUGUCAAUGUGGACGUCCUGCUGGAAACCUGUCAGCUAUGUGGAGUGGUCCUGCAACAGCACUUUGACCACGGGCACCUGUGUCAUCUGCUGCCUCAGUGUGAUUUCAUGCCUCUCCCCUGUCCCCCCUGUGCCCCUGUCUGUCCUUGUGUUUGUGUCAGACUGGCACAUUGCCACACUGGCCCUGCUGUUGGGAGGUGCGGUGCUCACCCUGCUCUCGCUCCUCGUUGCCCUGGUGUCUCUGUGCAUCGGGUCCCGGAGUCACUGCUAUAAACUCGUGGCUGUCAUGCUCUUCUCUGCAGUGGUGCUUCAGGUGUGCAGCUUGGUGCUCUUCCCAAUCAAAUUUAUUGAGACUGUCAGCUUGAGGGUUUACCAUGAGUUCAAUUGGGGCUAUGGUCUGGCUUGGGGAUCCACCAUCUUCUCGUCCGGAGGUGCCAUCCUCUACUGCCUCAACCCAAAGAAUUAUGAAGACUAUUAUUAAAGUCAACACAUAAAGGGAUGUUCUUGAAGCCUUCAGACAAAAGGACUGCUCCAUCAGAAUCUGAAAAUCUGUAGCUUCAGGGCGACAGAUCAAAGUGUAGCUUUGCAUUGCAUAAGGAACCAAAAUGUUGUUAGAAUUACUUAGAACCAAUACCGGUUUCGAGUGUGUGGGCAUAAGAAAGGUUGAUUGAUCCUUUAGACACUGGUUAAAUAAACAAAACCAAACAUAACAGAUCAUGAUUUUGCAUUAAGUUAGUAAAUAAAACUGAUAAGCUGCAAAUGUCUUCAUGGGGUUAACAUAUGAUUUUAGGGUAGCUGUGCAUAUCCACACAUAUCAGAUCCUGAUAUAUGUAUUUAAAAAGUAGUAGUAUUACCAAAUAAUGGAUAUAAAUUGUAUUCAUUAUAAAAAUAAACAUUGUAAAUAUUGUAUUACUCAUUUCAGUAGUAGAAAGUAGUGAAAUAAAGAUCAUGUGCACAUCUGCAUGAUAGCCCACCAUGUGCUCACAACCCUACCCAUGUGAUGUGUCAGUCAACACAGCAGGAGUAAACAGUUAUGAUGAACUGUGACCUUGAUAGAUUAAAGGUUGUAUCUAUAAGCAUAUAGUUCUCAUACCUGUGACUGUACUGUCCCUCUGUCAAUCAGGAGUUGAAGUGAAAAUCCAUUUCUUCUAAACUUCAUAGGAGCAGAGCUAGCACUUAAAUAGUUCAGGUAUUUUGUAUGAAAUGCCUCCAAAUGUAUGGUGGCCUGUAAACAAGCUACUGUUUGAUUAUUACAGGUUUAUUACUAAAAUAA